AUGGCAUGCAGGCAGGCAGCAAACAGCCGUUCGGCUGCCAGCUCUUGUCCUUGCCUAAUAUGGCAAGUGCAUGGUGAUUUCGCCCACCUGCGUGCCCGCAACAUUGAUGCCAUCAAUCAGAACGUGGGCAAGAAGUUGAUCGUGCUCUCAGGGAAGGUCGACGAGCUGUGGGAGCGCAUGGCCCGGCACUACAGCCUCAAUCUUGCCCAGGCUAUUGAGCCCGCAUUGCCUGCCUCCGGCCCGCGCCCCAUCAACAAGGAGAUCCAGUGCCGGCAGUGGGCACAUCUCCAUGAUCUCACUGAUGAGUGCCUGCCCUCGACACCAUCACACCAGGCCGAAACGAUGUUUGAUACCAUCAGGUCAUGGGUUGAAGCAGCACAGGCUGGCAAUCCAUAUGCAAUUGCAGGCCUGAUGGUGGCACAAUGGCUGCUUGUACCCAAUGGGACUUCUGUUGCCGGGCCUUCCUCGCUAUUGAUUCAUACUGUAUCAAUGUCUAAUCAAGUACCUACUGUCAAUGCAAGACUUUGUACACAAUAUGGAGGUACCCAGGCCUGGGAAACCAUCAAGGUCAGCAUGUGUUGUCAUGAACAUCUUUAUGGGAAGCUGCAGGAUGCAUUUGGAGGUGACAAAGACUAUUUUUAUGCAUUCUUUGCUGAGCCAUCAGACCCGCAGAAAAGGUGCAAGCAGGAUUUGUUGUGUUUGUACAGGCUUGUGAUUGAAGCCAUUCCUCACCACAAGAAGGAUAUUGCUCACGAGCAGCUUAAGCCGGAAUACCAAGAUGUGUUCAGUACAUUUUCAGAGCACAUGAAUGAUUGGGAGAUUUGGUGGGAGCUUGGCUUAGAGCAGUAUAGAUAG